AAUUCCAGCCAAAUUCUGCUGUCACCAUAUCAACCAGUUUAUGAAGUGACAUUCAAGCGGCAGGACCAGAUGUUGACGGGUGAGGUGUCAUAGCUCCUCCAGAAAAACUUGGACAGAAAAUGGUUGAAAAACUAACGAGCACCUGACGAUGCAUUUGUAAUUUGUUUGUUGUUAUUGAACCUAAUUGAUUUGAAAAUUCUCCACUCCAACAUUAACAUGAAUAACAUCAACAACAGACACAUUAAAGAGAAUUUAAAAGAAGAAAACUGAAGGAAGGAAUAGAAACAGAUGAUUAUAAAGAAGGGAUGAUUACCAUGUCUGUUAAAGAAAAACAAGGCCGUUACUAUUAUUAGAAUGGCAUUGAUUAUUGUAAUUAGUAUACUGAAAGUGACAUCAUUCCGUUCUGAGCAAAACAAACCUGACACGUUUUGGUCUAAUGUGACAUACAGUUUGUGACUUGUCCUCCACAGCCUCUGAUAGGCUUUACAUUACUGCCACCAUGUGGGGAAACGUUUAAUUGCAUUGACUUUGCAUAAACAUCCCAGCGUUCUGUGGUCUGUGCCAUUACAGUUGGUAACACACACUUCUCUGUGCCGAGUUCAGUUUUUCAAAACACUUCAGACAGUUCUCUUUACCGACGUGCAGCUCAGCACAGCAGUUCAUCGCACAUCCAGAAUGCACUAAUGCAACCAAACACUUGAUCUCAGGAUCAACUCACGUACCCAACGCCGGCCUCUUUUUUACUGCACGAAUUGUGCUUUUUGUUGGCCAUUUUUGCAUAGAGUAAUUCCAAGUGCAUAAAAUGAAACUCAGUUCCAGUAAUGCAAUUCAAAACUAUUCAUAUCCACUAUACAUACAUGUACAGGAGAGCUACAGAUAUAGAAAUACAACAGUGCUAGUCAACCCUGUCUUCUGCAUUUGGCCACAAGUCAGCAUCCACACCGCACCUUCUGCCCUCUCUUGCAAUACACCUGGGAAAGGAUCUUUUUGCACGCCUGAUCCAUCCCUGCAGUCUUCUGCAGAUUGUCCAGACGUCCGGCAUGCAGUGUGUCCAACAGGGACAUCUGAUCAUGUGGCUGGUGGUCAUAAACUUUCCACCUCCAUGAGGAAAAGAAUUCCUCUACGGAGUUGAGGGAUGGAGAGUGAGGUGGAAGGAAACCAUCCUGGGAUGGGCUGCCACAUCGUCCCAUAUAAUUACAAAGCGUUCUGGAUUCCCCCUCACUUGCCCCCUCUCCUCACCUGGCACAAGUCUUUCACUGAGGUCAUCAAGGAAUGAAAACAGGCGCUCAGGCGUGUGGUUAUCAGGUGUGUCAGCAGGUGGGGAUGACUUGAGAAUGUGAACAGGUGUGCUGGUGGAGGUGGGAGUCAGGUGACCAGGAUUGGUGGGAAAGUCUGAGGGCAUUUGGUGGACAGGUGGAGAACGGCAGGUCUGGAAAAUUCCUCAGAAAUGCAUGGGCCUGGGGGGAGUGAGAGGUGGCUGGAGGCAGGGACGGGGGGGCAGACUGAGCAGAGUAAAAGACAGAUAAAUAGAUCAGUGCCUGUGGUUUUGGAAUGAGAUGUUCAACAACCACAUAUGAAUGCAACGUUUGGGUGUCCGCAUUGUUUGGGUGUCCAUAUACUUUUGAUCAUGUGGUGUGUAUUGUACUUCUUUCCAGUAAUAACAUUCUGGUGACAUUCUUUAGACCACACAAUACUUGAUUCAUGCCAAUAACUGUUUCUGUAAAUCUGAGAGAGAAAAGGAUGUAAACAGAAUCAGUCUGAACACGUUGUCCUCCUUUACUUUAAACCUUUCCAAACAUUGUUUAGACAAUAGCAUCAGGAUGGGAUCAGCUGCUGUUAUCAGACCAGAGGGUUUAGCCACAAUAACGCCUUAACUAAGGCUGAGUAAGACUCGCGUGUAGCUCCAGCAAACAGCUUACUACUGAUAGUAAAUGUUUUGGAACUAUAUUUUUUAUCUCAGUGCUUAUUUAGGCUUUCAUUUAAAAAGAAAGAACCUCUAAACUUCAUGUUAGCGCAAUGGUUCCCAACCCGGGGGUCCGCAAACAAAUAUUAUUUUACUCUGUCUGAUUUUCUCUCAUUUUUGAUUUGUUUUCUUGCGAGAUACUGAACAAAUCCUUCUAAUCAAACAAUCUCAGACGGGGAAAUAACUCUUUGGUUGAACUCCACAUGUGCACGUUACUUUAUUUUUAGGGAACCAUUGUGUAGGAGGGAUCCACAUGUCACAGCUGAUGCUUAACAUAUUCUACAGCACCUCGCACAAAUUCUAGUUUUCCACAGAAAAUAAUACGGAGACAAAAAUAACUCUACCCCUUUGUUGUUGUAACUAAUGACUUUAUUAUUAAAUCAUUGAAUAAUGUCUUAUAGAUGUCACAGGCCAAUAAUAAGAAUUAUUGCAGAUAUAUGUAAUCCAUUAAAUGCUUAUGGGUUUCCCACCGUUGAAUAAACCAUCCCUUUGCAGUUAUAAAGGUUAGCAAGUCAUUACUGAAGGGUUCCUACAGUAAUCCAGGAAGUCACUGGCUUUAAAUGUGAAUAAAUUGUUGGCUUUUGGUCCACAUUCUGCACAGCAUUUUUCCAGGGGGUAUUUGGUCAGACAGUGGAGGGGUCUUCUUGAUUCACUAAAAAGACAAAACAAGUGAAGUGCGGGAGGAAGAGGAACACCAGCCAAAAGGAGUUGACACUGCCUGGCAAACUAAAAGGCCUCUUUAUUACUCACUUAUCUAUAAAGCAUUAGUAGCCUAUAUUACCCACUGAUAAAGCCAUUCCUUACAACUUAGAAACCCCUCAUGAAGCGUGCCUUCUAAUAACAGUAUGGCAAUCAGAAAGUCAGUGUGUACAGCCAACCAACACCUUUACUUUAGGAAUAAUAUAGCCAGGUGGCAAUAAAACUGCUAUAAAGUACAAUUAGUUUAACAGGAAACGCUUCAAUGAGCGUCACCAGCACACUAAGUCGAUAUUUAACAUCUUAUUAUAGGACUAUAACAGCAUUGCAGUUAUUGUUAAAUAUGAUCAAGUCAUUCUGAACUCGCUAUGGCCGCACGCCACACACACCAGAGGCCGUUUAAUAGUGACACAAUUAAAGUAAUCGGACAACACAAGCAGUUACUCCAGAGCAGCGACUGAGUCCCACACACAGGUGCAAACUCCUGGAUUGGUACAGUAGGAUUCGUCUUUUCUCAGGUAGUGAGCUCGAGGCUAUUAUUAGAAAGUUACGUCACGGCAGAGUGGAGAGCGCGUCUCUCUCUCGGUGCAGCAGAACAUCAUAAUCACCGCCGGUAGCGGAGAACUGCUGGUCCCUCCUUCUCCCACAUGGACCGGAACCACGCCGAACCACGUGACCCGGGAGCGCUGGACUGAACGAGCGUCUCACACCGCAUCAUGGCUGCGGAGGAUGUGGCCGCGCGGUCCCGAACCGGAGCCCCGUGGGCUCCACUCUCUCCCUCCCGCCUGCUGCUGCUCUCCCUGUCCGCCUGCUCUCUGCUCCCCGCCCCGGCGCUCGGCUUGCUAGGCUUUCGGCCGGAGGAGACCGGGGCGGAGCUGUCCGUGGCGGACGGGGUGCUGAAAACCACCGAGGGGACCCGCUUCAUGCUGCGGGUUUAUUACUCCACCUCCCCGCAGAGGCUCAACCGCACCGCGGGGACUCGCGCCAACAACGCCGCGCCCUGGAUUGCCUUCAUCGAGGAGCCGACUCCCGGGCGAGAGGGACAAGUUCACCCGAAGCGGAACAUGUGCAUGGACAAGAACGCCAGGACGUCCGACAUCGAGGUUUUAGGUUCCUUCAAGUCCGCGUCCAGUCAGAACUCGGUGCUGGUGGAGCUGCUGGCCAAGGACCUUCGGAGGGGGGAGAAGAUCAAAUACUACUCCAUGUGCGCCUUUGACGGAUCCAAGUGGGAGCACUACCGGACACGGGAUUUCUGGGUGGCCGUGGGGGAGCGCUCGGCUGUCCCGGAGCUGUGGCUGCAGGUGCUGGUGUCUGUCCUGCUGCUCGGGCUGUCAGCUCUGUUCAGCGGGCUGAACCUGAGCCUGCUGGCGCUUGACCCGGUGGAGCUGCAGGUCCUCCAGAACAGCGGCACCGACAAGGAGCAGAACUACGCGCGGAAAAUCGAGUCGGUGCGUCGGCACGGUAACUACGUGCUCUGUACUUUACUCCUGGGGACCGCGAUCAUCAACGCCUCGCUCGCCGUGUGGAUGUGCCAGAUACUGGGCAUGACCUGGCUCUCCACGGUCAUCUGCGCCUUCGGCAUUUUCUUCAUCGGGGAGAUCCUUCCACACUCGGUGGCGUCCCGUCACGGUCUGGCCAUCGCCUCCAAAACUAUCUGGGUGACGCGGCUGUUGAUGGUUCUCUCCUUCCCCAUCUCCUACCCCAUCAGCAAACUGCUGGACCUCAUCCUCAACCAGGAGAUCUCCAACUUUUACACCAGAGAGAAACUCCUGGAGAUGCUGCGCGUCACAGACCCGUACCACGACCUGGUCAAAGAGGAGCUCAACAUCAUCCAGGGAGCGCUGGAGCUCCGCACCAAAACCGUGGAGGACGUCCUGACGCCGCUGACCGACUGCUUCAUGCUGGCCUCGGACGUCGUGCUGGACUUCAACACCAUGUCGGAUAUCAUGCAGAGUGGAUACACGAGGAUACCGGUGUUUGAGAACGAGCGGUCCAACAUCGCGGGCAUCCUGUUCGUCAAGGACCUCGCGUUCGUGGACCCGGACGACUGCACCCCGCUGAAGACCAUCACCCAGUUCUACAAACACCCUCUGCACUGCGUCUUCAGCGACACCAAACUGGACGCCAUGCUGGAGGAGUUCAAGAAAGGGAAGUCCCACCUCGCCAUCGUGCAGCGAGUGAACAACGAGGGCGAGGGCGACCCUUUCUAUGAGGUGAUGGGCAUCGUCACCCUGGAGGACGUCAUCGAGGAGAUCAUCAAGUCAGAGAUCCUGGAUGAGACAGACCUCUACACUGAUAAUCGCUCAAAGCGUCGUGUUUCUCACCACGAGCGGAAGCAGCAGGACUUCUCCAUCUUCAAACUGUCAGAGAACGAGAUGAAAGUGAAGAUUUCUCCUCAGCUUCUCCUGGCAACGCACCGCUUCCUCUCCACAGAGGUGGAGCCUUUCAAACCAGCUCAUAUCUCAGAGAAGAUCUUGUUGAGGCUGAUCAAACACCCCAGUGUGGUUCAGGAGCUCAAGUUCGAUGAGAAGAACAAGCGAGCAACGCAGCACUUCCUGUUCCAGCGCAACAAACCGGUGGACUACUUCAUCCUGGUGCUGCAGGGUCGAGUUGAGGUGGAGUUUGGUAAAGAGGCGCUGAAGUUUGAGAAUGGAGCUUUUUCUUACUUUGGGGUACCUGCCAUCAUGCCAACAGUCCACAGAUCCCCCUCUCGCAGCAGUGGUUUGGACCGCUCUGAGUCCAUGCUGUACGGAGGAAGCAUGGGCCAACUGAACGGAGGGGGGAACGUCUACCUGCCAGACUACUCUGUCAGACAGCUCACACAUCUACAGAUCAUCAAGAUCACCCGGAGCCACUACCAGAACGCUUUAACAGCCACCCGCAUGGACAGCUCUCCUCAGACGCCUGAUGCCGACGCCCGUCUGACAGAAGGCAACACCCUGAUCCCGGAGCCUCCGACAACGGAGCACGGGGCCACCCUAAUGCCCCCGCAGCACACCACCACCACCCUCAUGCCCCCACCCAGAGAGCAGGGCCGGCCCAGCUCAGCCCGGACCCGAGGACAGCAGUCCAGCAUCCCACACAGCACCUCGCUGCUGAACGAGAAGAACCGCAUCGUCCGUAGUAAGUCUGAUGGCCAGAAGAGUCCCAGUGAUUCAGUGUUUCUCCGGAUGGAUGAGAUCCCCUACAUCAGAGAGGACAGAUCUGAGACUGACACACACACUGACAUGGCCUCCGUUCCCAUAGAAACGGACACGUCUCCUUUCAUCAGCAGUCUGUCGCUGAGUGGUUCCGAAGAAACACUCGGCAAGAAACUCCUGCUCAAACUCAGCCACAAGAAGAGGAAAAAAUCCCGCGAAGGAGAGAAAACACCAGAGGACAUUUCAGAACAGCCGCUGGUGAAAACCUAGCGGUUGUGUGUGUGUCUGAUACAGACCCGAACACUCCAUCAUCUGAUGGUUCUUUAAGUUGUUUGUAAAGACGUUGUGGUUGCUGAACUACAGCUAUCAGAGUUUUAUCUGAAAACAACACGCUCCACACACCCCCCCACUGUAGGAGAUCAUAAAGUGGUCCCAUCACCAGGAAUGUAUUGAGCAUGUGGAUGGAAGACACCAUUUUAUCAAAGUACAGGGGUGUGCAGCUUUGGCAAUAUGCAUUAAACCGUAGCUUCUCAUCUUCACAGGUUUUUCAUGCUGAUGCUCGUAUAUAAACGAAUGACUGUGAAUGUAAAAGGUUUGUAGUAAAAAUAGUUUUUAUACACUAUAUACCCUCCUCAUGUGAUCACUUCUUCCUGGAGCUAAAGGGAAUAGCGGUACACAGGAAACGGAUGGAAGACACCAAAGAUGUUGCUGUUUUGUACAUACUGCUCCAAAUUACACAGAAGGCAUCUCGACAGAACAGAAGUAAACUGGCUGCUUUGUGUUCGGGAUUUUGUUUUGGUCAGUUGAUUAAUGCUUGUUUCCUGCAAAUUAGAUCUAUAGUCUAACAUGUUGGUGUAGAAACAUAUUCUUUUAACCUUUUGUUUAUCUACGAACAAGCAUUUCAUAUCCAGAUUGUGUCUGCAUGUCGGUUUAUUAAAAAUGCAGAUUGUCCCAAACAUCUCAUCAAAGUGCACAUGUCCAAAAGUAUGUGGACACCCCUAUUAUUCCUGGUUUGGGGCCCUUACUUACAAUGAAGGGAAAUCUUAGACAAUAAUAUGCUUCCAACUUUGUGUCAACAGUUUGUGUUUGUCAUUUUUCUGUUUGAACAAGACAACGCCCUCGAGCUCAAAGCCAGGUCCGUAGACAUAGAGAGUGAAUAUUAGACUUACAUUCGCCAGAUGGCCAGAAACAGGGCUCCAAAUAAAUGCUCCAUAUCGGCUGGAUGUGUAAAUAGGUAACUGUUUGCUAACAAUUCGCCAUAUCACCUUAAAAUGUGAUCAUAUGUGAGUGCUGCGUUCACAGCUUGUUUCCGCUGCCCCCAAGUGGCCAAAAAAAUCUGUUAUUGCAGGUUUAAAAAAUGCCUACCAGCAUCUUGUUUGUUUAGUCCAAACACACAAAUAGUAAUGUAAAAAAGAUGUUAGCUUUGCUAACAUGAGAGUGGGAUUGAUCUUCUCAUCUAACUCUUGGCAAGAAAGUGAAUAAGUGUAUUUCCCAAUAUCUUGAACUAUUCCUUUAACAUUUUUGGGUCGCACUUUAUUUUGCGGUACACUACUAAGACAUAAUAAGCCGUACUUUGUAUCAAAUUAGACCGAAACUAGAAAUAAUAUGUUCAUUAUUAGACAGUAAACGGACAGUUAUACCCCAAUUAAACACCAUACACCUAAAUUAUGCUGUAAUUAGAAACCACAUAUAAUGCUAUAUUAGACCCCAAAUAUACUAUACUUAGACACUAUUAUACCAAAUUAUACUCUAAUUAGAAAUCAAAUAGGAGAUCCUAAUACACAAUUAGACACCGUUUUACAAGGUCAUAGUCUAAUUAAAUCAAAUACAAUACAAUAUCAGAUUCAAAAUAUGCUACAGUUAGACUCUUUUCUACCAAGUUAUGCUGUGAUAGCUUAAGACAACACAGGCUGUAAUUAGACAAAUCUAAUGCCAUAUUAUAUCGGACAUAGCCAUCAGACUGGAUUUGUAUGGUUGGUCAUCAUACUUAUUUAUAGAUUCUCCCCCCCAGUUUUUAUGUUGCUUAUUUUGCAUUGUAGUGAAAGUCAUCACUAUAACCCCUUAAUGUAUCCAGAAACUACUGUCCUCCUUGUUUGUUUCUCUCCUGAGCUCUUCUUUUUUUCAUGAUCUGAGCAUUUCUUUUUAAGAUAUGUGAUUUGAAUUGCAUAUUUAUACCUCAUACAAUUAUAAUUUUCUUUUUUGUAUUUGGACCUUAGAGGCUAUCAGACUCGGGCUCAGACAUGGAUAAAAGACAGAUUGGAGCUGCAUGUCUGCAAAGAGAUUUUAGAAAUCCUCAACCCGUUCAUUUCAGUUCAGUUUUAUUCACCACACGAUUUAUGACCACUGAACCUCUUUAAAUAAUCAUCGCAUGAGCUGAGCCCUUUUCAAUUAUAAAUGAAUCUCAUUCUCUUUGGCUUUACUUCAUUGGAGGUGAAAUGAAACUGAGCUUGUGGCUGCAGCGACUCAGGAUGUGAUGGCUCUAUUCCCUUGUGUUGUAUAGGAUGCCUAGAUUGUAUAUGCUAUUAAGUUUUUGAAGUCAGCACCUUCUAUAUUAUCUAAAGUGGACGCACAUACCUCCAAAAGGCUCUAUUGUAGUCUCUGACAUACACCUUCACUCGUCAGUGAUUUCCAAACUUAACCAUUCACCAUGUAUGUAGAUAAUGGAGACAAAAGCAGCUUAAGUUUGACACAAUGGACUUUUCGUCUUUACUUUUAACAUCACUGAACUGACCUGCAUUCAUACCAUAAUGUUUUUUCCAGACACAUCCCCUUUUUUUCCAUUUGUUUGAUUUAAUUAUAUUGAUUUUCAGCUUUUUUUAAUCUCCCUAUUGGCAACAAAAGUUGGAUUUCAUACUGCAAAAAAAUGUCAGUAUCAUUUGAGAUGAAGAAUGUAUCCAGUAUCACUGAAUAUUGUUUCCAAUACAUAUUUCCUUUGCUCCCUGGCUGCAUGGAUUGGAAUGUUUGAUGGAGCUGAUGGGUUUAUAUUUUGUAUGAAAAUUCAGCCUUAACUGCAGCGUUUCUCCAGCAUAAUUUAAUGUUAACAACAGUGCUUUAGAAAGUGGUAGUGCUUUAAGUUGGGGUUAAAUGUUUUCGCUAAGCUUGACUCAACUGCGACCCUGUCUAUUGUGGACAAGAAACUAUGAACUAUGAAUGCUUCUUCACCCAUUACAUAGCAUUUAUUUAUCCAAAGCGACUUACAAUAAGUGCAUUUCAACCAUGUGUAUGCAACCCAGAAAUUCCAAGAAUCAUGCAAGCGCAUCAACUUCAUCAAAUAUGCUGAACUGCUUCAAAUGCUACGUUUAGAAACCAAAACAACACCAGCCGAUUUCACUAAUUAUCACACCUUUAAUGAGGAAAAAGAAAUCUGUAAAAUUUCCCUUUUGGUUUUACUGAAUCGGCCUUGGACGGGCCAUUUUCACCGACAUUUUUCCAAACUUUUCCGACAUGUCACAGUAGGAAGAGCACAGGUGUAAAUAAAAUUAGUCAUGGCUGGAUUCCAUUUAGCUGCUUUGAUUUUAGGGUCCUGCUAUUGUGAAUGUUGGCUCACUGUCACAGCUUUCUUGGACACUUGUCAAGUCACAAGUCAAAAUGUCUGCUGUGAAAAAGCUCCAUUGUCCAGCCAGAGAAGUUUUGGCAGGGCAUUUAGCUGAUGAUUUGUUACAUACUCACCUGGCAGAGAUACACUGAGCUCAAGAUAUAUUUAGACUGGUGGUUAUUAACGUUUCUGCUUGUAGUAUCUAUUACAUCCAAAUGAAUUAACUUCUCCUGGAGACAUUGCUGUAUCGAGGAUUCUGUGUUCUGAGGAAUAAUAGGGGGAAAAACCGACAAUGUGGGGAUUUUAUAUCAGUGGCUGUUAUCGUAUCCGGAUCCCUAUAUGGAAAUCAGAAUUUACCUUUUUUUUAAGUGUUACUGUAAAACAAAUUGCGGGGCCUUAACAUUAAAAAUGUGUUGCUUUCUAAAUUCUUACAGGACUCACAGCAUGUAGAUGGUGAUGUAGAAGAGCUGAUACAAGUCUUGGUUUUGUGGCUUUAAUGCCUCAUUCAACAUGAUUGUUGACUGAGGCAUGAAAUUUUAUUAAUAUCGAGAAAAAUUAAGGGACAUUCAUUUGGCUUGAUAAUCCCUAUAAACUCUUAGAGUUUGGUGAAUUAUGUCAAACAAUUUUUCACACUGAUUACAUUUUAUAUAAAGUCAUCAGGCUCUUUGUCCCAGGAAAUGUAUUCAAACUUAACAGUUUGGAGAGUCUUGUUGCAGCUGCUGCUGGAUGUGAAGUGAGACCUCUGAGCACUGACUUCGUGCAACCCAGAAUCCUUCCGUUCUGUCCCUGUCUGUGCAUAGUGUUCUGACGGUGUCCCUGAACCUGGAUCGCUCUGGAUGGGCGUGGCUCCGUCUGACUACGCAGGAUCAGAUUUGUGCCACUGCAGCACAGAGGAGGAGGAAAGGGGGCAAGCAGAUAGAGGUCCGAAGUUUCAAGUCUGACCGAUAUAGAAGCUUUUAUUGGCCUUUUAAUGAAAAGCCAGUCAAAAUAAUCAAUAUAAUUUAGGUUCCUGCCUGAACUUACCUGCUGCAACACAAAUUAUAUUUUGCAUUUGUUUCAUUGGAGGUUUUAAAGGUCUCAACAUGUCUGAAUAGUUUUUUGGGGGUUGGGAAACAGUUAGGAUGUAAUUUAAAAAAUGACAAUCAUCAAAUUUAAAGAUCCUAAAUAUUGCCAAUAAAUAUUGCCAACAGCAGCCUCUCCCAGUACUACUGGCUUUUAAACACCCAGACAGACCAAUCGCAGGCUGGGGACGAUGAAAAAGAAGGAGGGGUGCUUUUUAACUCAGCUCAUUGGCUAAUGUAACAGGCGGAGGGGGAUAGGGGGAACAUCCCUCUUGGGUGCAGUAUAUCAAACCUGCUGAGUCACUUUGCUGCAUUGGAGCACCAACCACAGCCAAUCAGCAUCAUCCUUUGAGGUCAAAGACAGACAGUAACCGAUUCUGCUGCAGGAUGCUGUUGAUUAGAUUGUAGGUUUGACACGUGGUACGUUUUCCUGCUGCAGAUCCAUUUGAUCUUUGGUUUAUCAGGAUGUGUCUGAGAUCAAUUUUGUAAUUUUCACGAUUUCGGCUAUGAGCAAAUAUAAUCUAUUGCUGCUUAGUCGAAAUGGGUUUUGUUUUCAGCUCUGUUUUGCUGUCAUCGAAAGGCCUGUGUGGAAAAGAUGUAGGGAUAAAGUGUUUUGGGAAAGAAUAUGACAACUUGAUGCUUGUAAAAUAGAAAGCAACGGUGUGAUGGUAUUUUGCAUCAAAAUAUACAGAAAUAUAAAGCUCCACAACAUACUGAA